GAGCGGUUUAUUGAACAGAAGAACACAUCGAGCGGCUCCGUUUGAGCUUCACGGCUCAAUCGAGAUUAUUUACCCUCUAAUUAUUUCCGAUUUUGAGAGUAACAACAUGCUUUUUUGACCGAAGGUGACAAAUCCAGCUAAGAAAAGAAAUGGCUUGGUUCCACCAGGCUUUACAAGGCUCAGGCCAACCAGAUGCAUCCAUGAUGCUCCCUACAGUGGAAGAUCUGUCCCAUACACAGGUCUCUAAGCACACCAUUACACAGUUAGGAAUGUCUGAUGGACAAGGUUGGUCCACCCAUCCUCCAGUCUCCAUCACAGACUUUCCUCCUGCCUCGGGAGGCAUCGUCCCCCAACGUCUGGAAGCUCUGUCCUGCACGUCCCUCAACAUGGGCUCCAGAGAAAACUCCCUGCCGCUGACUUUCGUGACGCUUCAGGAGCAACGAUGUGUACUUGGUUGGUAUUUUGGAUGGAACGCUGUCCAGAAGCAACGAUUUCUGGAAGAUCUGAUCUCAAAGGCAGUGCCUGGAAAGGUGUCUAGUUUAUUAGACCAGCUCAACACACUACAGGUGAAUGAUCGCCCACCUAACAUUUUUGAAUGCCAGUUAAGACUGUGGACUCAGUGGUUUGAUUCAUGGAGUGAAGAGGAGAGAAAUGCCUUUUUGAACAGCUUAGAGGAAAAGGACCCAACCUUUGUUGCAUACUUCUAUAGCCGGGUUGCUGGAACAGCAGGCAGAGAUUGAGGUCUUCAUACA